AUGCCUUUCCAUCACCCCGCCCCAUUCUCCCGCUUUCCAUCACCCCGCCCCAUUCUCCCGCUUUCCAUCACCUCGCCCCAUUCUCCCGCUUUCCAUCACCCCGCACCAUUCUCCCGCUUUCCAUCACCCCGCCCCAUUCUCCCGCUUUCCAUCACCCCGCCCCAUUCUCCCGCUUUCCAUCACCCCGCCCCUUUCUCCCUCUUUCCAUCACCCCGCCCCAUUCUCCCGCUUUCCAUCACCCCGCCCUAUUCUCCCGCUUUCCAUCACCCCACCCCAUUCUCCCGUUUUCCAUCACCCCGCCCCAUUCUCCCGCUUUCCAUCACCCCGUCCCAUUCUCCCUCUUUUCAUCACCCCGCCCCAUUCUCCCUCUUUCCAUCACCCCACCCCAUCCUCCCUCUUUCCAUCGCCCCGCCCCAUUCUUCCGCUUUUCAUCACCCCGUCCCAUUCUCCCUCUUUCCAUCACCCCGCCCCAUUCCCCCUCUUUCCAUCUGCCUGCCCCAUUCUCCCGCUCUCCAUCACCCUGCCCUAUUCUCCCUAUUUCAAUCACCCCGCCCCAUUCUCCCGCUUUCCAUCACCCCGCUUUCCAUCACCCCGCCCCAUUCUCCCGCUUUCCAUCACCCCGCCCCAUUCUCCCUCGUUCCAUCACCCCGCCCCAUUCUCCCUCUUUCCAUCACCUCGCCCUAUUCUCCCUCUUCCCAUCACCCCGCCCCAUUCUCCCGCUUUCCAUUACCCCGCCCCAUUCUCAAACUUUCCAUCACCCCGCCCCAUUCUCCCUCUUUCGAUCACCCCUGCCCCAUUCUCACGCUUUCCAUCACCCCGCCCCAUUCUCUCUCUUUCCAUCACCCCGCCCCAGUCUCCCUCUUUCCAUCACCCCGUCCCAUUCUCCCUCUUUCCAUCACCCCGCCCCAUUCUCCCUCUUUCCAUCAUCCCGCCCCAUCCUCCCUAUUUCCAUCACCCCGCCCCAUUCUUCCGCUUUCCAUCACCCCGCCCCAUUCUCCAGCUUACCAUCACCCCGCCCCAUUCUCCAGCUUUCCAUCACCCCGCCCCAUUCUCCCGCUUCCAAAUACCCCGCCCCAUUCUCCCGCUUUCCACCACCCUGCCCCAUUCUCCCGCUUUCCAUCACCCUGCCCCAUUCUCCCGCUUUCCAUCACCCCGCCCCAUUCCUCGCUUUCCAUCACCCCACCCCAUUCUCCCGCUUUCCAUCACCCCACCCCAUUCUCCCGCUUUCCAUCACCCCGCCCCAUUCACAAGCUUUCCAUCACCCCGCCCCAUUCUCCCGCUUUCCAUCACCCCGCCCCAUUCUCCCGCUUUCCAUCACCCCGCCCCAUUCUCCCGCUUUCCAUCACCCCGCCCCGUUCUCCCGCUUUCCAUCACCCCGCCCCAUUCUCCCGCUUUCCAUCACCCUGCCCCAUUCUCCCGCUUUCCAUCACCCCGCCCCAUUCUCCCGCUUUCCAUCACCCCGCCCCAUUCUCAAGCUUUCCAUCACCCUGCCCCAUUCUCCUGCUUUCCAUCACCCCGCCCCAUUCUCCCGCUUUUCAUCACCCCGCCCCAUUCUCCCGCUUUCCAUCACCCCGCCCCAUUCUCCUGCUUUCCAUCACCCCGCCCUAUUCUCCCGCUUUCCAUCACCCCGCCCCAUUCUCCCGCUUUCCAUCACCCCGUCCCAUUCUCCCUCUUUUCAUCACCCCGCCCCAUUCUCCCUCUUUCCACCACCCCGCCCCAUUCUCCCGCUUUCCAUCACCCCGGCCCAUUCUCCCUAUUUCCAUCACCCCGCUCGAUUCUCCCACUUUCCAUCACCCCGCCCCAUUCUCCCGCUUUCCGUCACCCCGCCCCAUUCUCCCGCUUUCCAUCACCCCGCCCCAUUCUCUCUCUUUCCAUCACCCCGCCCCAUUCUCCCUCUUUCCAUCACCCCGCCCCAUUCUCCCUCUUUCCAUCACCCCGCCCCAUCCUCCCUAUUUCCAUCACCCCGCCCCAUUCUUCCGCUUUCCAUCACCCCGCACCAUUCUCCAGCUUUCCAUCACCCCGCCCCAUUCUCCUGCUUUCCAUCACCCCGCCCUAUUCUCCAGCUUUCCAUCACCCCGCCCCAUUCUCCCGCUUUCCAUCACCCCGCCCCAUUCUCCCGCUUUCCAUCACCCCGCCCCAUUCUCCCGCUUUCCAUCACCCCGCCACAUUCUCCCGCUUUCCAUCACCCCGCCCCAUUCUCCCGCUUUCCAUCACCCCGCCCCAUUCUCCCGCUUUCCAUCACCCCGCCCCAUUCUUCCGCUUUCCAUCACCCCGCCCCAUUCACCCCGCCCCAUUCUCCCUCUUUCCAUCAACCCGCCCCAUUCUCCCGCUUUUCAUCACCCUGCCCCAUUCUCCCUCUUUCCAUCACCCCGCCCCAUUCUCCCUCUUUCCAUCAGCCCGCCCCAUUCUCCCGCUUUUCUUCACCCCUGUUAG